GCUUCCGUAGUAUUCUGUCGGAAUAAAUCGGCCUCAACCUUCCGAAAAGUACUUGUGACGUCAUAUCAGCGUGGGUCGGCCAUCUUGAAAAGCGAAUGGGUGGCUGGUAGAAGCGUAAAAAGAAAUACUCAUUAGGCGCAUAUUUUAUAGAUCAUCAUAUAGACCGUUACCAUGCCGACAAAAAUAUUUAUAGGUAACCUGGGAAGUAACUGCCGUUCAGAAGAUCUGCGUGAAUUAUUUGAAAAAUAUGGAAAAGUAACAGAAUGCGAUGUCCUUAAAAAUUUUGGUUUUGUGCAUAUGCAAAGUGAAGAAGAAGCUGACGAUGCAAUCAAAAAUCUCGAUGGCUUUACCAUUAAAGGGAACAGAAUGCGUGUGGAGCUCUCCACAGGAAAAUCGAGAGGUGGUGGAAAGGGAGGUGGACGGAUGAGAGGAGGUGGAAGAGGAGGAGGUCGUGGUGGAGACCGUGGAUACGGACCCCCCAGUCGUGACAGAUACGAUCCUUACAGAAGGCCCCCUCCUUAUGAUGAUUACUACAGAUACCCCCCAAGGGAGGACCGUAGAGGACCACCCCCAGAUAGAAGUGCUGGAGCACCUGCUGGAGGGUAUGAGCCUCCCCGGGAGAGAUAUUACGGUUAUGAGAGGCGUCCUCCGCCCCCAGAGUAUGACAGAUAUGAGCGUCCUAGAACAGCAGCUUCAGAUCCAUACUACAGAGAUCGGGCUGCCAUUGGCUCCCGUCCUCCUCCAGACUACUACAGCAGAAGUUACCCUGAUCCACAUGGAGAUGGACCUCCACCACCCCCUAGAGCUUAUGAUGACGACUAUUCAACAAAUGGUUACUACGAUUCUUACAAGGAACCACCAGCACCACCUGCAGAAUCUCUUGGAUCAGGAUCAUAUUAUGACAGAUUCUACAAGAAACCGCCACCCAGUCAGGCCGCUGGAAGACCGCCCCCACCCCCAGGGACUAACCAAGCCGAACCUUUAUAUUUCUGAUAUAAAAAAGUUUAAAAUACAUGUCACAACUUUCCAAAGUGCAUUGUUCAUUUUUUUAUUAUUUUUUUGGCUGCAUCAAGAAAUCGUAGUAGCAUUUGUUCUGUUUACUCGAGUCAUAAGUCGUCUAGAAGAGUUUUUUUUUUAAAAAAAACUUCAUAUUUGGGUUACGUCACUUGACUUUUAUAUUUGAUGUUGAAUACAUGUAGUAUGUUCACUCAUUUUUAUCAUUUUACUUCUGUUGCGCGUGUAUUGCUAUUUUCAUGUAGAAGUCAUUAUAUUGGUUGCAUUUUCAUACUAAGCAUAAUGUUGUGUGGGUAAUGUUUAGAAACAGAUUUUGAAGUGAAUAAUGUACGCUGUACAGAAUUGAUCAAAUUUUUAGAAGAGUGGAGCAUCUAGAACAAUUGAAUCAUGACAUAUCAUAUUAUCUGUAGUAUGUAAUUAAUUAACUCAUUUUCACCUCACUAACGGAUAGUAAUGAUGUUACACCAUAAAUGGAUAGGCAUGUUCAGAAGUAUUCGAGUUGUUCAGGUUUUUUGUGUUAACUUUUUUAUACACAAGAAAAAGAUCAAUAAAAUACUAAAUUGCUAAA